UAAUUUGUGUAAAGAAAGUCGCUCCAGCUCACUUCAGGGCUGGUUUAGGAUGUUGAAGUUCGCAUGGUGGAGGUCAGCGUCCAGAAAUAUCCCUGUGCAGUCCAUACGCAUAUUAAUUUCUGGUUUUCUGGGAGCGGCCGGUUCACGGUGGAAUAUUAGGUGUUUGAAAGAAGAACGUGGUCAGACUGUGAGCGGCGGAGCGGCGCUGCUUCACCUGCGGCCGGCGGCCUGCUUCAGUUGUGCAGUUUGUUUGAAUAUGGCAUCAGGAGGUGAAAGGUCGUCAUCCACCACUCACAGACACACCAACAGGUUAGCCAACGAAAAGUCACCGUACCUGCUCCAGCAUGCACACAAUCCCGUGGACUGGUAUCCAUGGGGACAGGAAGCGUUUGACAAAGCACAAACUGAGGACAAACCCAUCUUUUUAUCAGUGGGCUACUCCACCUGCCAUUGGUGCCAUGUUAUGGAGAGGGAGUCUUUCGAGGAUGUGGAAAUUGGCAAACUCCUCAGUGACAACUUUGUGUGCAUCAAAGUAGACCGGGAAGAGAGACCUGAUGUAGACAAGGUCUACAUGACCUUUGUACAGGCAACAAGUGGAAGUGGAGGGUGGCCCAUGAGUGUGUGGUUGACUCCUGACCUUCGACCUUUUAUUGGAGGAACCUACUUCCCUCCCACAGACUAUGGAAGAAGGCCUGGGUUUAAGACUGUUCUCAGCCGAAUCAUAGAGCAGUGGCAGAAUAAUCGUUCUGCGUUGGAAACCAGCGGCAAGAGGAUUAUUGAAGCUCUGAAGAAAGGCACGACUGUCACUGCAAACCCAGGAGAGCGUCCUCCACCGGUCCCGGACGUCGCUAAUCGCUGCUUCCAGCAGUUGGUCCAUUCAUACGAGGAGGAGUACGGAGGCUUCAGAAACGCUCCCAAGUUCCCGACACCAGUGAAUCUGAUGUUCCUCAUGUCUUACUGGUCUGUGAACCGGUCCUCCUCAGAUGGGGCUGAGGCUCUCCAGAUGGCCUUGCACACACUUCGUAUGAUGGCGAAUGGAGGCAUCCAUGACCAUGUGGAGAAGGGUUUUCACCGUUACUCCACAGAUUCCUCCUGGCACGUUCCACACUUUGAAAAGAUGCUCUACGACCAGGCUCAGCUUGCUGUCACCUACAUCACUGCCUUCCAGGUAACAGGCGAACAACUUUUUGCAGAUGUGGCUGAGGACAUCCUGCAGUAUGUCUCCAGAGACCUGAGUGAUGAGUCUGGUGGUUUCUACAGUGCAGAGGAUGCAGACUCUGUCCCAGCAUCAGGGGGACCAGAAAAGCGAGAAGGGGCGUUCUGUGUAUGGACAGCCUCAGAACUCCGUCAGCUGUUACCAGAUGUGGUGACGGGUGCCACUGGAGCCGCCACACAGGCAGACGUCUUCAUGCACCACUACGGCGUGAAAGACGAAGGGAAUGUUGCUCCAGAACAGGACCCUCACGGGGAGCUGCAGGGCCAGAAUGUGCUGAUUGUGCGUUAUUCAAUUCAGUUAACAGCUGCUCGCUUUGGUAUCACUGAGGAGAAGGUCACAGAGCUACUGGUGUCCGCCAGAGCCAAAAUGGCAGAAGUCAGGAAGACUCGGCCACGUCCACAUCUGGACAGCAAGAUGUUGGCCUCCUGGAACGGUCUGAUGCUGUCGGCCUUUGCUCGUGUUGGAGCUGUGCUUGGGGGUGAGGCCUUCCUGGAGAGGGCGCUGCAGGCUGCCAGGUUCCUAAAGGCGCACCUGUGGGAUUCAGAACGAGGAACUGUCCUGAGAUCCUGUUACCGUGGAGAGCAGAUGGAGGUGCAACAGAUAUCCUCGCCUAUCUCUGGUUUUCUGGAUGACUACGCCUUUGUCAUCUGUGGCUUGCUGGACCUGCACGAGGCCACACUGCAGACGGAGUGGUUGCAGUGGGCCGAGGAGCUGCAGCUCAGGCAGGACCUUCUCUUCUGGGAUAACCAGGGAGGAGGCUACUACUGCACUGACCCCAGUGACGGCACAGUCCUGCUGCAGCUCAAAGAAGACCAGGACGGGGCUGAACCCGGUGCAAACUCUGUGUCGGCGUUGAAUCUCUUGCGUCUGUCUCAGUACACUGGAAAACGAGAGUGGCUCCAGAGGUCUGAACAGCUGAUGGCAGCUUUCUCCGAACGUCUAACCAAAAUCCCCAUCGCCCUGCCUGAAAUGGUCCGUGCACUCAUGGCCCAGCACUACACUCUGAAACAGGUUGUCAUCUGUGGUCAGAGGGACGCCCCAGAUACCCAAAGUCUCCUCGCUGUCGUCAACUCCAUCUUCAUGCCAUUUAAGGUGUUGAUGCUCAUUGAUGACGAUGACACUCAGAGUGUCUUGCACCAGCGUCUUCCCGUCUUGUCUUCGAUGUCCAGACAGGGCGGCAUUGCCACAGCAUAUGUCUGCCAAGAUUUCACCUGUUCCCUUCCUGUCACCGACCCCCACGAGCUGCGCGGGCUUCUGCUGGAGGCACACACGGAGACGCACACUUGAGUAUGUCAAACAUCCAAGAUUGAAGCGGGCGGUUGUACUAUGCUUGUGCAGCUUAUUUACAGAGCUUAAAAAAUUAAUUGGCUUUAAAGCACGGUGGUGAUGUCCGGUCACUGGCGCCAUUCCUGAGCUUGAACACUGGUGUUAACACCACGCUAGCAUAGUGAGCAAUCUGUUGAUCAGUAGUAGUGUACAACAUCACUGGAUUCCUGAAGUACAAGUCCUUUAGCACUUUAUAGAAGUACCUAUAAGUGCUCUCAGCAGAAGCCUGCGUGUGAAGAUGAUUUGUAUUCUGUGUAUAUAAAUUUAAGUAUUUUACCGUCAGCGUGAUUUAAUUUGUAUUAGUUAAUGAGCCACUAUGUUGACCCUGUCGACCAACUGCUCUCAUCCUUGAAUUUAAUGAUUCUUCUUAACUGCUGCAGAAACUGACGUGGCAUCGCCAUAAUAUCAAAAUAUCAACCAAAGUAAUGCUCAGCUUGUGUGUGUUUGAACCCUGAACAAUAAAAAUGUUUACUCCACACCA